CUGGUAGCUCCGUCGCCACUUAGCCGAACUCCGUUCCCUAUAACCUCACCAAAACCCAAAACCUUUAGAAACAAACCUCCUCAAUGACUUCAAUCAACUUCAAUCCCUUCGAAAGCUGGUUCAGGAAACCUCAAAAUCCGAUUCAACCCAUCAACCUUCACUCACUCGCCGAGUCAUUCUUCCCCAAAACAUCCACAACCUCUCCAAACUUCGCUUCCAUAAACAGCUCCAGCCUCUUCAAGCGAAAACCCAAGAAACCCGACCCGGAUUCCGACAACCCCGGACCCUACAAGCAGAUGCUGGACCAGUUCUUUUGGGAGAGCGAGAACCUCCCUGAUUACAGGCACACUCCAGAGGUAGAUAAGAUUCUGAACGAAGACCCUUUUUUCGAGAAGAAGGAGAAUCCGACGGAGGAGGAGAUUAAGGAGAAUGACAAAUGGUGGAAUGAUUUCAGGAAAAGUCCCGUGGUUCAGUUCUUGGCUAGAGCCGAAGAAAUUGCUGAUGAGAUCAAUAGGAUGGAGCUUAAAGAGAAUGAAGAGCCUUUUAGGAAGGAAGAUAAGAAGCUGUGGCAAGCUGUUCCGAACGUUAUUGGGUUGGAUGGGAGGCCAAUGCCUAGAAAGGCUAUCAAAACAAGGGAAGAGAGUGAUGAUAAGUUUUGGGAUUUCACUAGACAGUUCUUCUUUGGCCUCUGGGGGUUCCGCCAGAGGCCUUAUCCACCAGGUCGACCCAUUGAUGUUGCUCAAGCCAUCGGGUAUAAGCGGCUCGAGAGGCGUUACUAUGACUUUAUCAUGAGGAGUGGAGGAUGGUAUUAUAAAGAUCGCCUGGGUCGAACCCGAGGUCCUUGUGAGUUAAUAACCCUCAAAACAGCUUGGGGUGGUGGGAUUAUUGAUAAAAACACUUUUAUUUGGGGAGAGGACAUGGAUGAAUGGGCACCUAUUCAUAUGAUUUAUGGCAUGGAACGUGCCAUAGCCACUUGGGAAGUUAGGCUUGGUGCGGCAGCAACAGCUUUCCUUCAUAAACUUCAGAAAGGUAUACCUCCUUGGGUUCCUCUUAAAGGACAUGAGGAUAAAACUUAUAAGCAGCUUCAAGAAGAAGCUAUAGAGAGCAAAAGACGUGAUUUGGCCGUCCUAAAAGCUAAUGAUGGCAUAUGGCCUGGAGUUAGAAUUCCCAGCCAUGCCCUAUUUCUUUGGGCUAGUGGCUCUGAGCUGACAACUGUUUUGGAAGCUGAUCAUAUGCCAAACAAAUACAUUUCGAAAGAUCUUCGGCGAAAACUGGCCAAAGUUAUCCCUGGGUUAAGGCCGUGGGAAGUUUUAAGUGUUGAGCAAGCAAUGGAUGAUAUUACGUACGGUGGAGAGUGGUAUCGAGAACCUCUUGGCACCUACCACACUGGUCCUCCAUACAUAAGACACUGGAAUAAGGAUGUCAAGAGAUUGUUCCGAAUUUUUUACAACCUUAGCAGCCAAGUCUAUGACAAACUGCAAAGGACGAUUCCUGGUUUCGACGCGAUAAUGGAUAAAGUAGAUGCUGAUUCUGAUGCGAGGGAUGCUCGGCGGAAGGCAGAAAGGGAAGCACAAAAGAAAGCUGAGGUGGAGGCUAUAUAUGGUCGAAGAGAGAAUUAUCCAUAGCAUAGCUACCACAAAGAAGUCAACUCUGAUUGGUAAGAUCUGGACUUGGCUUCCACUAGGUGCUAUAUGGAUAAGCAGCCAACCCCGUUGAAUUUGAUCAUAUAUCUUGCAAUGGAGAUGGUUUCUGGUUCUUGUGAAAACUCAGGCAGGGUUUUUAUUUUAAAUGAUGAGGAAGAGUGAGUCUUGUUUAACUCUUUAUGUGAUACACUUUCUUGUAUUGAUACCAAUGAUGAUUAAUGAAGAUCUUGUUUAGGGA